AUGGAGACGGAGCGAUACCGGUGCCAGAGCAGUCGGUACAUCGAGAGCGGGCAGUCGGCGGUGCCCAGCUCGGUGUUGUUCGCCGCCGGCUUGUUGGGCAACGUGUUGGCGUUGCUGCUGCUGGGCCAGCACCGGCGGCGUUCCCGGUCGCCCGGUGGCCGCUCGCCGAGGGUCUCUGCUUUCUACGUGCUGGUGAGCGGGCUGGCAGUCACCGACCUGCUGGGCAAGUGCUUGCUCAGCCCCAUCGUGCUGGCAGCCUACGCCUACAACCGCAGCCUCAGCGAGCUGGGACCGGGCGGGCAUACUGAAGGCAAACCGGGUGUCCUCUGCCAGCUCUUCGCCUUCCUCAUGGCCUUCUUCGGGCUGGCCCCCACCCUGCUGCUGCUGGCCAUGGCGCUGGAGUGUUGGCUCUCCUUGGGGCAUCCCUACUUCUACCGACGGCAUCUCACCCGGCGGCUGGGUGCUACGUUGGGGCCGGCGGCGGCGGGGCUCUGCGCCCUUUUCUGCGCCCUGCCGCUGCUGGGUUUCGGGGUGCCCAUGCAGUACUGCCCCGGGACAUGGUGCUUCAUCCGCAUGGCCAGUGACGAGCCGCGCCAGCUCGGCUUCCCGGUCCUCUACGCCAGCCUGAUGGGCCUGUUGGUGUUGGCCAUCGGCGCCUGCAACGUGAGCAGCAUGCGGCACCUCUACAGCAUGGCACGGCGGCAGCCCCCCCCCGGGGCUGCCGCCCCGUGCAUGGAGGAGCUUGACCACCUCAUCUUGCUGGGGCUCAUGACCGUCCUCUUCACCGUCUGCUCCCUGCCGCUCAUCAUCCGGGCAUACAUGGGGGCAUUUGCUGCUGAUUUCAACGAGAACGCUGACCUCAGCGCCCUGCGGUUUCUCUCUGUGAACUCCAUCGUUGACCCCUGGGUCUUCAUCAUUUUCCGCACCUCCGUCUUCCGCAUGUUUGUCCGCAGGGUUCGCCGGAGGCUGAAUUCCCGGAAAGCCAGCCUGAAAGGGCCUAACCAGGGAGGCGAUGGCCAGUUUUGCCCCCUGGGCUGGCGCAGGACAGACACCCCGCAGCUCGGCUUCUCCUGA